GGUGCCAUAUGUGCUUAUAUCUGUACAGACCGACAUAUGUAGAUUAUUUAUUUAUAUAUAUAUUUCUACAAAGCUUAAUCUUUGGGGUUUCCUUCUGAUAUCCCUAUAGUGAGUGCAGUUCUAAAAGUAUUCCAGACCCUUGACAUACUUUCUGUCAACUUAUCCUCCUUUACAUAGUAAAUUGAGCCUAUAGGUCGUACAAAAAAGAAUAUAACACAAGUUUUUUUCCAUUUCUCACCGUUUAUCUGAGGAAGGGCUAAUGCUAAUCAAUUUUCCCGAAUACAAUAAAGACCAGAGGGACGGGGCCAUUAAAAAAAGAAAACUAUUUCUUUCUUUCUGUUGACACUUAUCGUUGUCUAUUUCUAUUAUUAAGAAUAGUUCUCAGUUGCGAUCGCUGCUUUAAAGUUUAUUGAUAUAUUGCGCUUAUUAGAUGUGCGAGAACUGGUUUUAUUUUUUCACGAUAUUGCUUACUCCCUUGUUUCUUUUAGGCAGUAAACGUAGCGUUAUUUAGGUAUGAAACAUAAGCGUAAAUUUGGAGACGCUCAGCUGAGCAAAAGUUCUCAGAGAAACCCUUAUCAUAUGUCCCAAUCAAAACUACAUCAGCUGCAGGUUUUCCAUGACAAGUUUCAGAUCCUCCGCUCUGCACAAGGAAAUCAAUACGCGUUUCGUAAAUUUGAGGUUGCUCGGACGUUUACGGUGCUAGUCUUCACCAUGAUAUUGAUUUAUGUUAUGCAUAUGAGCUAUGGCUGGGUUUUGGGCAGCCUUUGGAUGGUAUGCCUGUGGGUGUUUGGGUUCUUUCAGUUCUCCAGUAUAAUUGUUCACUGGGUAUGGCGUUCAUCGGAGGCGGUAUUGUACACCGAUGCGUUACGGCGCGCGGACAUUAUGAUGGAACCGAUAACGACGAAAUCGACAUCCUCUGGUGAGAAUGAAACUCUUUCCUUUGGCAGUAGCUGUAUGCAGGGGUGGCGCCGUACGAUGGAGGACGCCCACACCCUUAUACUUUUAGAAGAGGGCGGCUUUUUUGGUGUUUAUGACGGCCACGGAGGACCCUCAACCUCUAAGUUUUGCGGCGAACACAUGUACGAGUUUGUCUCCAAAGCGCCCGCGUUUCUCAAUGGGAACAUUGAGAAGGCCCUAUACGACGGCUUUAUGGAGAUUGAUAACUACCUCCACGGUAGUGGGGAAGCCCACCGCAGCGGGUGCACUGCGUUGGUGCUCUACGUGAGGGAGGAUGACGUGUAUUGCGCGAACGCCGGUGACAGCCGCUGUGUUUUCUGUACGGACACCGAGGUUCACCCUCUAAGCUUGGACCACAAGCCCUUCAAUCCGGGUGAGCAAAUCCGUAUUGAGCGCGCCGGCGGCUUUGUGAUGAACCGGCGUGUCAACGGCGCCUUGGCCCUCAGCCGGGCCAUCGGCGACUUCAGCUUCAAGCGCAACGCCAGCCUUCCGUGGGAUCAGCAGGCGGUGACGGGCGCCCCCGAGGUGCGCACGCACCGCCUCAAUAGAGACCGCGACGAGUUCGCGGUGAUCGCAUGCGACGGCAUCUGGGACGUUAUGACAAACGAGCAGGUAAUAGAGUUCGUGCGCUUGCUAAUUCAGAAGCGAAAGCCGCUUGGGGAGAUCGCCGAGAUGCUUAUCGACUUUUGUCUAUCGCCGUCCCCGUUUGGAAUGGGUUGCGAUAACAUGUCUGUUAUUAUUAUCCAGUUCAAGCGUAGACCACAGGGGCAUUCAUGUGAAGGUUCCAAUUCUAAGGAAUCACAAUUGCCUAUCGAAGUGUCACCUUCUGCUUCCGCAGCUUCUGAAAUGGGCUUGCCAACAUAA